AUGAAUGAAUCACCAAAUGCACUUAUAUAUGAAAAAAAUACUCAUAUUACUGGAAGUGAUAUGUUUGGAAAAUGGAGUAAUAUACUAUACAACAUUAAGAAAGAAGGUGGAACAGUAGAAAAAGUAAGUAAAGCAUUAUUAGUUUUAUUAUGGGGAGCAUUAUGCGAACAAAGAAAUGGUCAAAAUUAUGAAGCUCAUUCAAGAAUUAAACCAUUUCUAUUAGCAUCAGCACGAAAAAGAAUAUUAAAAAUUGUGAGACCACUAGGAGAUCAAGUAAAGUGCAUUCAUACAGAUGGAUUUAUAGUAGCAGGACAAGUAAAUCUCAAAACAGGUAUAGAAAUGGGUGAGCUAAAAUUUGAGAAAAGAGGAGUUUGCAUUAUAAAAAAUUAUAUAUCUGUUACAUGGAAACCACCUUACCCAGAAAUUCCAAAUUUGAUUACAAAUAGUUUACCGGAUUUUGAAAAAAUACAAGAUAAAGAACAGAAUACAAAGUUAGAUACAAAGUAUCCUGCUUUACAGACAGUAAAAAGGAAACGACCAAAAAGAUCUGAUAUAAAUCUUCCAAAUGAAAUUAUAAUAGAAAUAUUUCAACAUUUAUGA